AUGGCGGCAGGCGGAUCUGAUUUCAUGCCAGGGACCUGCGGGCCGGCAUUGCUGCUGCUGCUCCUGGUCCUGCUGGCCGCCGCGCCGGCGCCGGCUGAUGCAUUUUCCGACUAUUCGGAGGAGGCAGAGCUGUCUGUGAAGAUCGCAAGAAUCACGCCCCGCUUCCCCCUCGCGGGGGGCACCUUCACGGCCUCCUUUGACGUCACCAGCGAGUUCGACAGGUCGCCUGUCCUUGAAACGCAGGUGUGGGCAGACCAGCCCGUGCUGCAGAACUGCACGCCCGGCUCUGGCCCCACCGGCGACAUCAAGCUGCGCCUACCCCGCAUCAAGGCCGGCGGCCUCAAAGCGCUCGUCGUCAAAGCGAUCAAGGCGCCUCAAGUUGCGGGGCCGCGCGUGCUGCGCGUCAUGAUCGACAGCACGUGCUUCCAAGAUGACAACACCGACGGCACGAAGCGCUAUCAGGCGAGCGCCGUGUACACCACCACCCCCGCGCCGAUUGCCGACCUGAGCUUCGACAGCAUUGCAUGGGCCAAGAAUGGCAGGUACGAGGGAACCUUCUGGAGCGCGGCCGUGGCGUCCAAGACGUUUGGCGUCAAGAUUAGCGUAUCAAACCAGGGCACCCUGCCCAGCAAAAUCGGCACCAUCAAGUUCUGGUCUGUGCCCUUUGGCACCCCCUUUGUCCCCUCUUGCAACGCCACAGCGGAGCUCUCCACGACGGUCAAGGGCGACACGCUUGCCCCGCUUGGCAAGUUCAAAGCGUUCACUAUCAAGGGCAUCCCAGCCCCAGCCACGCCGGGCAAGAAGACCCUUGUGGGCUUUGUGGAUGGAGACUGCGCCACGGCCGAGGCCGACGAAGUCAUUGACAACAAGAUCACCCUCGACUACAAAGUUCUCGCCCAGCCCCUGCCAGAGUUCCUUGUCACCGGCAAGGUGGCCAAGCGGUACACCCAAGGGGCCGCCCUGCUCCGCGACUUCCGCAUCACCGUCAAGAAUGUUGGCCUCGCGCCUGGCGCGCCCGGCGUCGUUUCGAUUAUUCGGGACGCGGGCCUCUUCCGGGGGCCCGUCAACUGCACCACCUCGGCGGGCCCGGGCUGGACCUCGGCCGCGGCGGUCACGACGCCGAUCGACGUCGGGAAAAGCGCCGUCAUCACCGUCACGGGGGUGGAGAUCUCGCAAGCCAUCCCUUCCAGCAGCGCCCUCGUCCUUGUCGACAGCACCUGCCAGGUUGCGGAGAUCUUCGACGCUUUCGAGGAUGUCAACAAGGUGCACAGAUUCACGGUCAAGUACAACUAA